UGGUAUUCCUGGUCCCAAACCGUAUCCAAUUAUAAAGUUACUUAAAUCUAUGUUUUCAGAGAAUCAUCACGACUUGACUUUGAAUUGUUACAAAAAAUAUGGCAAACUUUAUGGUCUAUAUUUCGGUGAUCAACCAAUUCUUUGUACAUCUGAUCCGGAAAUUGUUAAAGAAAUUAAUUUUAAAAGCUUCCACUUAUUUACCGAUAGAGACGACUUUAUAUUUGGCGAUGAAUUGCACGACAGAGCACUGUCUAGUCUAAAGGGAAAUGAAUGGAAAAAUAUGCGAUCAAUUAUAUCUCCGACCUUUUCUCCGGGAAGAAUGCGUGCAAUACAUCCGAUUAUCAUUGAUUGUGUUCAACGAUUGGAUGAAUAUCUGGAGUCAAAGAUGUUGAACAAAGAAGAAGACAUUGAAAUGAUUAAAACAAUGGGUUGUCUGACAAUGGAUGUGAUCGCCGCCAGUGCUUUCGGUACGAAAAUAGACGUCUAUAGUGACGGAAAGCCCAAUGAGUUUAUAUUGAAUGCUAAAAAAGUGUUUUCAAUCGGCUGGAGAUACUUAGUAUUGAAACUAUUGUUGUCUUUUGGCAAAAAUUUUGCAAAAGCCGUAGGAUUUAAACUAACACCGCCGUCGGUCACAAAAUUUUUCACUCAAGCGAUCCAAUCAAUUAUAGAUCAACGAAAAUCCGAGAAAAAUGUCAAACAUAAAGAUUAUUUGCAAUUGAUUUUAGACGCAAAAAAUAAAACAUUUGAUACAAGCGAUGAUAAAGACAUCGUCGAUGAUAAUAGCGAACAAAUUUACGGGAAAUCAGACAAUAAGAUUAAUAUGAAAACAAUGAAUAAAAUAAGUAUCACAGACACAGAUCUAUUGGCCUCGUCUUUCAUAUUUUUUGUGGCCGGCUAUGAAACUACUUGUUUUCUGUUGUCAUUACUUUUCUAUAGACUGGCAUUGGAUGAGGAAUGUCAGCAAAAAUUAUAUGAAGAAAUACAACAAUUUGAUGGUCAAUACGAUUACGAGACAAUCGCUAAAAUGCCAUAUUUGGAGGCCUGUAUUGCAGAGACACUUAGACUAUACAAUACGUUUGCGUCCACACAAAGAGUUUCAUCGCAGGAUUAUUUAAUUGAGAGUAUUGGCUUAGAAAUCCCGAAGGGAAUGAUCGUUAACUUUGAUAUCGAAACUUUACAUCACAAUCCCGAAUACUAUCCCGAACCCGAUCGUUGGGAUCCCGAAAGGUUUAUGCCCUACAAUCGGGAUAAGUUAGUUCCCUAUACUUAUAUGCCGUUUGGUUUGGGUCCCAGAAAUUGUGUGGGAAUGAGGUUUGCAUUGAUGGAGACAAAGACAACCGCAGCCUAUUUGGUCAAUAAAUAUCAUUUGUUUCGGACAACAAAAACAAAAGUACCGUUAAUUGAGAUCAAAACGCAAUUUAGUCGUAAUUUUGAAUCAAUUGAUAUCGGAAUGGAGUUGAGAUAAAAUUUUUGAUAAAACUAUUAUUAUAUAAAUGUAUUUGAUUAAUAAACAGCCCACCCUAUAGACAACCCACCCUAUAG